CAGGAGCGGAGACAGAGAGAGAGACUGAGAGGGAGCAAGUAAAAGUUUCAUAAAUGGAUUGCUUUGGUGGAGUCAGACAUCUGCUGUUCUCAUAUGUUCUCAUCAACGGCAUAUUAAUUACUUUACAAACCAAAGAAGAGGUGCUUUUGGACAUGAGGGCAACAGGAGGAGAGCUAGGCUGGUUGACAUGGCCCUUAGAUCAGGGAGACAGACCAGGGUGGGAGGUUGUCCAGAGGACUCUCAAUGGCUCCCAGUUCUACUCCUACUCUGUCUGCAACAUUGGGGAGCGUGAGCAGGACAACUGGCUGCGCACCACCUUCAUCCAGAGGCGCUCCUCGGCGUCGCGGGUCUUUGUGGAGCUCCAGUUCAUCGUGCGAGACUGUAACUCGUUCGACGGAGCCUCGUUAACCUGCAAGGAAACCUUCAACCUCUACACGUCCGAGUCAGAUGCGGACGUGGGGAUGACCUUCCGCAAAGGCCAGUUCAAGAAGGUGUCCACCAUCGCUCCCGACGAGAUCACCAGCAAAAACAAGAUGCGCAUCAACACGGAGACCCGGGUGGUGGAGAACCUGUCGCGGAACGGCUUCUACCUGGCCUUCCAAGACAUCGGGGCCUGCGUGGCUCUGCUCUCCGUCAGAGUGUAUUACAAGACCUGCCCCGAAACCAUAAAGAGCCUCGCGUCCUUCCCCGAGACCGUGGCCGGAGGGGAGAACCAGGCGCUCCAGGAGGUUAGCGGCAAGUGUGUGGAGAACGCCAUCAGCGAGGAGUUGCCUCGGAUCUACUGCACGGCGGACGGAGAGUGGGUGGUACCUGUUGGACAAUGCCAGUGCAAGCCCGGCUACGAGGAGGCUGAAGACUCCUGUCAAGAAUGUCAGCCUGGCUUUUUCAAAGCCGAGGCCUCCAGCGGGAAGUGCGACCCGUGUCCUGCUCACAGCCAGGGGCCGGAGCCCGGAGCGCUGUUCUGCCCCUGCGACGCUGGUUUCUACAGAGCCGCUUCAGAUCCCAUCACUGGACCCUGCUCAGGCCUGCCCUCCGCCCCGCGGGAUCUCGUGGCCACCACCACCCAACUGUCUGCAGGGAAGCUCCUCCUCACCUGGAAGAAUCCCGAAGACACCGGAGGUCGAGACGACAUAACCUACGGUGUCAAAUGCCAGCGCUGCGAGGACUCAGUGUGCCAGGCCUGCGGGGAGAAGAUCCGCUACGAGCCGGCCAACACGGGCCUGACUGACACCAAGGUGCUAGUGAGUGAGCUGGACGCUCACCUCAACUACACCUUCACCGUGGAAGCACACAGCGGCGUGUCGGAGUUCGCCGGCCAGGCACCGCCGUCCUCCAGCGCCCUGACGACGUCGCUGCACUUCACCGAGCCUCCUAAAAUCACCACAGUGCGAAUGGUGGAGCAGUCCCCCACCAGCCUGUCCCUGUCGUGGGACGUGGCCCCUCGACCCCGGGCCCCGUCGCAGCCCAUCCGCUACAAACUCACCUACCGGAAAAAGGAUGAUAAAAUUGAUAACAUCCUCAUUGUGCAAAAGCUGGAGAAGAGCUCCGUCCAGAUCAACAACCUGACCCCGGGCACCGCGUACCUCUUCAUGGUCCAGGCCAUCAGCAGCGACGGCAGCCCGGGGAGCUCCAGCCCGGAGGAGCAGUUCGACACCUUGCCCGAAGGGUACCUUCCUCACAACAAGACGGCAGUGAUCCUGGCCGCGGCGGCCGGAGGCGCGACGGUGUUGUUCAUAGUGCUCGUGGUCCUGUUCCUGCGGAGACGGAGGAGGAACUCUCACACCAGACAGGGACCAGAGGACACCUGCUUCUCAAGCCCAGAGCAGCUGAAGCCGCUGACCUACGUGGAUCCACAUACGUAUGAGGACCCCAACAUAGCGGUCCUGAAGUUUGCCACUGAAAUCCACCCAAGCCACGUAACCAAACAGAAAGUCAUCGGAGCUGGGGAGUUUGGUGAGGUGUACAAGGGGAUUUUGAAAGCGCCGGGAAGGAAGGACGUGUAUGUGGCUAUCAAGACGCUGAAGCCGGGCUACACGGAGAAACAGAGGCAGGAUUUUCUGAGCGAGGCCUCCAUCAUGGGCCAGUUCACCCAUCAGAACAUCAUCCACCUGGAAGGGGUGGUGACCAAAUUUAAACAUGCUAUGAUCGUAACUGAAUACAUGGAGAACGGAGCCCUGGACAGGUACCUGAAGGAUCACGAUGGCGAGUUCUCCUCCUUCCAGCUGGUGGGCAUGCUGCGGGGUAUCGCCGCGGGUAUGAAAUACCUCUCUGACAUGAGUUACGUCCACCGGGACCUGGCUGCACGCAACAUCCUGGUCAACAACAGCCUGGAGUGCAAAGUCUCCGACUUUGGCCUGUCCCGGGUGCUGGAGGACGACCCUGAGGGGACGUACACCACCAGCGGAGGUAAGAUCCCCAUCCGCUGGACCGCUCCAGAGGCCAUCGCUUACAGGAAGUUCACCUCCGCAAGUGACGUGUGGAGUUUCGGCAUCGUCAUGUGGGAAGUCAUGGCUUUUGGUGAAAGACCUUACUGGGACAUGAGCAACCAUGAGGUGAUGAAGGCCAUCAACGAGGCGUUCAGGCUUCCCGCACCCAUGGACUGCCCCUCGGCCGUGUACCAGCUCAUGCUGCAGUGCUGGCUGCAGGAUCGCUCCAAGAGGCCGCGCUUCGGAGACAUCGUCAGCCUGCUGGACAAGCUGCUGCACAGCCCCGAGUCCCUGAAGGCCAUCGCAGACUUUGACCCACGCGUAUCCAUCCGCCUGCCCAGCACGAGCGGCUCGGACGGGUCUCCCUUCCGGUCGGUGUCCGAGUGGCUGGAGUCCAUCAAGAUGAGCCAGUACAUCGAGAACUUCACCUGCGCCGGCGUCCUCACCAUGGACCAGGUCCUGCAGAUGAAGAACGAGGAUAUCAAGAACAUCGGGGUGAGACUGCCCGGCCAUUUGAAAAGAAUAGCGUACAGCAUCCUGGGAUUAAAGGACCAGACCAGCACCUUGAGCGUGUUUGCCGUGUGAUCUUCACAAUGAAGGGAAAUCCAACAUCGGCCACCGCGGCAGGCGGCCCUUUGAACUCGAGCUGGAGCAGCACGGCCGGGAUUGGCUUUUGAUCAGCAGAACCAAGAACUGUGCCAUCCUGCUGGCCCAAUGAAUGAAUCAGACACUCUUGCUGUACAUUUUUUACCCCCACACCCCCCUUUUUCCCCAUUGGGAAUGAAUGGAGCCCCUACACAGCAACAGAUGCAUCAAGUAGAACUCUGUAUAUUAAAAUAUCUAUUUUUUUAUAAUACACGUCUUCUUUACAGAUACAAUUCAAUGCUUGUGCAUUUUUUUUUGUUUGUUUUCAUUUUCCAUUCCUGCUUCUUAAAAAAAGAACAACCCGCUUUAGUGUAAUUGCACCCUGAGUUUGUUUCAAGGCGGGAUCAAAUGGACAGGAAGUACAGUACGGGAGAGUGGCGGGGCCCGGCCACGGCUCAGGUUCUGCUCGCCGCUGACGUCGCACAAGCUCCUCUUCUAAAUUAGCACUUUGCUCCAUCAGGAGGGCUGAAAUGAGCUCGAGCUCGUCCAGAGAUGGAGAGUCUGGAUCUGGCGUUGUAGCCCGGCGUCCCGCUGGCUCUGUGCAGGAAUUAAGCUAUGACCUCAUGAGUGAUGUUCACAAGAAAACAUGAGAGGACGUGUGUGAGGUACUCUGUAGAAAUUCACUUUUUGUUUUCAUUUCUUGUCUGUAUUGUGGGAGCAACCAAAAAAAAAAAAGCAUGGGGGUUAACAGAGGGGGGGAAUAUGAUAAUGUAGCACUUGUAUCAAGAAUCACUUAAUCUUUGUUUGUUUCAUAACUGCAAGAAUAACAGCCAUGACGCUCAAAGUCCACGAAUGAAAUGAAAGUGGCUCAAAACAAUCUUAAAAAAACUGUAAACUGUGGAUUUUCUGUUUGAAUGCUGCAGAUCUGGUAGUUUAGAGGGAAGUAGUGGCAUACAAAGCCCUCAAAAAACAAACAAACAAAAAAAAGCUGCUGUUGGGAUGACAACUUCAGAGUUUGGUUCGUAAUUUCAACUUAUUCUUUUUCUUUUUUACUUCUAGUUUGCAAAAGCUUGAUAAAUAUUCAGCCAUAAAACUGCUGGUUUGAGUAACGCGUCGUCAGGAUGAGCUUUAAAUGCUUUGACAGUGAAGUGCUCGACUCGUUCCAGACUUUUGAACACAUCUUAAAGUGCCUCUUUGUGCAACAUUAGCAGGAGUGUGCUGCAGCCUUCCUCUCCUGUGCGGUGGUGAGCGUGUAGCAGAAUCCCCCGGUGCUCUUAAUUGAUGACUGCAAAUCUUUGUGUUACUGAUGAACACCUUCUUUUACUUGAAUUUUUACUGAAUUGUUAAAUGUAUGAUUCUGUCGUAGAUGAUACACCCAUCUUUAGAAAAGUGAUUUUUUUUUUUCAUUGCUUUGGUUCAUUGGUUGCAGUUACAUUUGUACAUUUUGUAUAAUUUCCAAUAUUAACCAUGUUGCCAAAUGUAUUUUUUCACAGUCGUUUUUCUAAGCGAUGUCUCCUACUUUUACUGCCUCUCCAAAUAUUUUUUGAGUCGCUUCAUCGGACUCCCUCUUUUGCAAAUUCCCUCCUAUUCGCUCAUUGUAUUAUACUGUAUUUAAUAGUCUAUUUAUUUUUAACUUUUAUUUAUUUAUCCUGGUAAACACUGAGCUUGGUUUAUAAAUUGAAGUUGCUUGUUAAUUCUCAAUAAAAAAAAAGAAGUGAACAAAAAAAGUUGUUGUUUUUCUUUCUACCUGAACUGUUUGCAGCUGAGACUCUUAUCACCUUGUGACAGUUGAACGGCAGC